GAAUCGUACAAUCAGUAGACUAGAUACUUAUACUGCUUUAGUAUUGGAAGACAAGCAAACGUUCUUCCGGUUGGGGUUACGGAUUUCAACUGUUGUCGGUAAGCGCAUUAAAAUCAAAAUCGAUUUCAAUCGGACUUAAAGAAAUAAUUUCAACAAAAAUUUUGUAUCAAAAUUAUAUUAUUUUUUCUCUGAUAUAUAAAUGUGGAUAUUCUUAUGUUUUGAAAACGUUAAUAGUAAUUGCAACGAUAAAAGUGACAGUAACUAACCUCUAACAGUUCUUUAUUUAUGUUCAAAUAUAUUACAUGAUUUUGCUAGAAACAAUUUUAGUUUAUUGUAAUUGAUCCAAUGUUAUAUUGCUAAUUUUGUACACACAGGUAACCAACAACAAUGAAAUUCAAUAAGCUUGUUUCUUCUUCACGUCGAAAAAAUCGAAAGAGGCAUUUCACGGCACCUUCUCAUAUUCGGAGAAGACUUAUGUCAGCUCCUCUUUCGAAAGAACUUCGGCAAAAGUACAACGUCCGUUCCAUGCCAAUUCGUAAAGAUGAUGAAGUUCAGGUUGUACGUGGACAUUAUAAAGGCCAACAAGUUGGAAAAGUUGUUCAAGUAUAUAGAAAAAAAUUUGUCAUAUAUAUAGAAAGAAUUCAACGUGAAAAAGCUAAUACUGCUAAUGUAUAUGUUGGUAUUGACCCAUCCAAGACUGUUAUUGUGAAACUAAAGAUGGAUAAGGAUCGUAAGAAAAUUAUUGACAGGAGGAGUAAAGGUAGACUCGCAGCAUUAGGCAAAGAUAAGGGAAAAUAUACUGAAGACUCAACUGCAGCCAUGGAAACUUCGUAAAUUUAAUUUCAUUUAUAAAAAUUUAUAUUUCAUUGAAUAAAAAUAUAAUGCUGAAAUUUGUUGAUAUUUUUUUUAAUUCUGUUAGUAAUCCAUAAAAAAAAUAUUUCAUAUAUAAAAGUAAAUCUUUGACACAAUAUAAACAUGAACAUAUUAAAAUUGUAAAAUUAUUCAAUUAUUAUUAGAUUGAUAAUUGUAGAAUUAUCUAUUGCUAUUAUCCAAUAUUUGUAUUACUAAUAGAUAAAUUCCUUGAUCAAGUUUUACAAAUGCAUGAUUUCUUACUUAUGAGUUAUUUAUAUGAUAUUUUAUUCAUCAAUGUUUAAAUGUUUUUUCUUGAUUUUUUUCUUAAAAUUUUGCCUCUUUGAGAUUAUAUCAUCUUUGAUUUCAUUAGCUUUUGUAAUUUUUCCUUGUGUCACAACACUUGCUAUUGGUUUAAUGUUUACUGUAAAGAAAAGAUAAUCGAUUAAAAAAAAGAUAUAUUGUUUAAUAAUUAAUUUUAGAAAUAGUUAUCAAUUUAUUUACAUACUUAUUCUGUAAAGUAUUUUUGAAUCCUUUGUACCAAAUAUAGAAGAUAUGUUAUCUUUAUUUUUGUACUUGAUUUUAUAUUUUUCUUUUCCAAGCUUUAAUGUUUUUUCUGUUAAAACUAUUUUAUUUCCUACUAACUUAUUUUCAAGUAUCUAGGUAAACAAAAUAAAAAUUUUUUUGAUAAUAUAUCAUAUAUUAUCGUGUUAACCAAAAAGUAAUGUAAGAUUUUUGCAGUAAAAUAUUAUUUUUUGUCUCUUACCAAUAAACAUUUUUAAAUUAAAAAAAAAUUUAGUUGAAACCUAUUUAUUAACUUGGAAUGUUUAUCAAAUAUAACGUUUGAGUUCGGUAAUUCAAUAUAUUAACUACUUUAUUCAAUAUAUUAACUACUUUUGAAGUGAAUUGUGAAAAUAUUAUAAUUGUUGCAAAUAAAAUAUAUAAUUUAUGAAAGCAUAAUGUAAAGAAAAUAUUCAAAAUAAUCGAGAUCAAGUAUAUUAAAAUUCAAUAAUAAUAAUAAUUUUAGUUUAAUAAAGAUCUGCAUUUUUAUGUGUAGAAAUAUUUUUGUACGAAAAAAUAAUAAAGUUGUAAAAAUAAUGGUAAAAAUAAAAAAACUUAAUAUAUUUUAGAAUAAAGAUUUAUAUCUAUAUUAUGUUAUAUCUAAGAAAAAAAGACUUGUUUUGUGUGUUUUAUGUGUUUUAUGAAUAAAAUCCACGUUACUUUUUGGCAUACAUACAUAUGACAUAUAGAUUACCGAACGUGGAAUUGUAAUGAAAGCUUGUUGUUCUUCUUCUUCUAUAUCUUUGAAUGUAAAAGAAGGUUCUGUUGUUUGAGGCAUUAAGUUUUCCUUUUUUACAAAUUCCUGUAACUUUAAACAAAAAAGACAUGUUAAUAAAAGACAGAAAUAAUGGGAGAGAAUAGAAAAUUCAUAAAAAUAAAAUUCUAAUUUAUACAUUAUAUGGUCUACCACAUGUUGACUUCUUAUCUACAGACUGCAUCAUACUUCCAAGUUCCAAAUUCUUUUCAUUUGAUUUUUUUAUAUUCUUUGUUUUAUCAAAAACACAAUUUGUUACAUAGUUUAAAUCCAAUUUAUAUUGAGCAGAUUUAUUAGUAGGAAAUGAUAGUUCAAUAUCUGGAGAUGAAUCUCUUACAGAUCUUUUGUAUAACUUAUCUAUCAUAUUUUCAACAUUAAAGUCACUAUCUACAGUACUAGACUCACUAUCUACUGUUAAAUUUAAUCUUCCAAAUUGUGAUAAUUGAUUUUCAGUUGAAUGAAAAAUAUCAUCUUCUGUCUGCUUAGUUUCUUCUAUUUCAACUUUUUCAUCACAAGAAUUGUUUGUGCUUAAUUCUUCUGGUUUUGUAUCUUUAGUAAAUACAGAUAUAGGGGGUACUAUUUUAUACUUUCUGUUAACAAUUUCUGUAUGAGUAACUAUGGAUUGUGGUUUUUUUGUUUGCAUUUUUUCCUUCACAUUUAUAUUUUCAAUUGUAAGUGAUGUUGUAUCUUGAAAAUAUUCUUUUUUGUCUGACAUAUUGUAAGUUUCAGAUUUCAGAUCAUUAUCACUGUUUCUCAAAUUAUUUAGUACAGAAGUAAUACUUGAUAUAUCUUGUUCUUUGUCUUGAGUCUUGUUAGAGUCAUUAUUAGAUAUUCUAUGAGUCUUUCCAUUUUCUAAAAAUUCUUCUUCUGUAUCUUCAUCAAUACCAGAGUCUUUUAGUUGGUAUGUAUUACCAAUACUUAAAGUCUCAUUCAUAAUUAUUUCUGUAAUAUCGGAAUUUUGUUUCAUCUGAUUAGGACAAUUUUGAUUAAAAGGUAUAUUUUCAUUAAUAUUUUGAAUUUCAUUCAAAUUAUCUAAUGAAGCUGGCAAAUCUUUUAAUGUUUUAAUAUUAGGACUGUUAAGUAUUUUAUAAUGAUUUUCAUCUGAUUGAAAUUCUUCAUUGAUAUCAUUUAUCAACAAAGAAUUUGAUUGUCCUGAUUCAUCAUUAUUGUUUGUUACUUUUUGUGUUAUAGUUGCAACAUUUGUUACAUUUUUUAUGGGCAAUUGGUUUUCUAAAUUUGAAAUAUUUUGUUUAGUACAGUUUACAAAAUAUUUAGUAAGUGUGUUCAUCUUAUUUUGUGUAUUUUUUUUAACGUUAUUUUUUGCGGAAGAAGUUUCAUUAUUAUUAUCAUUAUUAUCAUGUAUAAAAUUAUUUGCAUUUGAUUUUCUCGUCAAAGGAGUGUUUUCAGAUUUAACAACCUUUUGCCAUCCUAAAGUUAUAGAUGACUUUCGUUUAGAUUUUUGUGUAGAUCUUCUUUUAGAACUUACAUUGUUGCUUUCACUAGUUUUAGAUUCCUUUUUAUAAAAAUAGUUGUUUCUUUCUUCAAAUAUUAGUCGUGUAUAAUUGGCUAAAGAAUUGUCAUCUUCACUAAAACUAAUAUUAUCUUCAGUUUCACUAUUAUCUGUCAAACAUCGAAGAAUUGAAGUCUUUAUUUCAACAUAUUGCCUGUACGAUUUUAAGCUUUGAAGCUGUUUAAUCACAACAUUCAUAGCUUUAUUUCUGCGGGGUAAUUUUCUAGAUGGUACAAAUUUAUGGGUCAAAGAGGAAUCUAUCAUUCUGUCAGCAACUGUAUUUGGUACUACGGUCCAUUCGUCAAAUUUCAUGAUGAUACCCUUUCACUAACCUAAUAUCUGUAACAUUCGCAGUCACUUUUUAUAAAAUAUUAUUUUUAAAAUAUUAUUUUUAUUUAAAAGUAAUUAA